CAGCAACAGCCCUCGACGUCUAAUCCACCCCCAGCCGGGAAUCUGGCCAAAGACGUCCCGCCUCCCCCUCAGACAUGGCUUACGAAGAGGGUCAAGGAGAACCCUAUGGCGAGGGCCGCGUUCCUCAAGCUCAUUACUCUCAUGGGUUACGGGUCCGCGAAGCAGUACGCGGGGAGGAGGGCGUUCGCAAUGUACACUGACUUGUGUGUACCGCGACCAGACGAGGAGAGCGCAUUUUGGAAGGACGAUUGCCAUCUUCCACCAACAUUCCAGUCCUGGUUCACCAUCACGAACCUCCACGUAUGGCUCCUCACCGUUCGAUUGCGCGCUCUUCCUCCUCCACUAGGGACAAACUACGUCCAGGGCCUAAUCGACCACUUUUUUCUCGACAUCGAAGACCGCGUCCGGACAGUCCUCCAACCCGUGUCACCAAACUCGAUCGCGCCUCCCCAAAAUCUCCGCCCGUACACCACGCCCUCCGACUUCUAUACCGUAGCAGGUGCGCAAGGGAAGCCCCGUCCAAAAGGGAGCGCACCCGAACGGCUCGUCACGAGACAGAUGAAGAUAUUCAAGGAGCAGUGGGCGGGGAUGGGCAUGUCUCUAGACUACGGUCUCGUUCACAGCGACGCCGAGCUCGCGGCUGCCGUCUGGCGUAACCUCCUCGGAGCGCGUGGUGCGCGUGGGAUCGCCUACCCGUCGUCGGAAGGCGCAACUGUUGACAAGCCCUUUUUCCGGCGCACGAUCAACUUGGUGGGCGGUGAAGUCGAAAAGGUGGAGCAGAUAGAGAAGGUUGGGUACGAAGUCGAAGAGUCGCGGGACGACGGCUCGGGUAUACACGAUUUCCCUCCGGCGGAGGUCGACAAGUACGUUCGGUACCCGGAGCUGAUGGCGACGCUGGUGGAGUAUAUCCGGAGGGAAACCGUGCGACUGCAAAACCUUCCGGACGAGCAGAUC